AUGGCAAAACAAUACCAAGCUCUCUUUCUAGUCCUCUCAAUCUGCUACCUCUUCUCGCCGGACCUCACCGCCGCCACCGCAGCCACCGCAGGCUCCGGAGCAUCAAAAGAAGCCGUAAACUUCAUCCAAUCCUCUUGCAAAACCACCACAUACCCAGCCGUGUGUUUACACUCUCUCUCCGCCUACGCAAACGCCAUCCAGACAAGCCCUAAACGCCUAGCCGAGACCGCUCUAAACGUCACCCUGAGCCGAGCCCAAUCCACAAAGCUCUUCGUCUCUCGUCUUACCCGGUUCAAGGGACUUAAGAAGCGUGAAGUCGAAGCCAUCAAGGAUUGCGUCGAGGAGAUCAACGAUACCAUUGACCGUUUGACCAAGUCGGUCCAAGAGAUGAAGCUGUGUGGGAAUGCCAAAAAUCAAGACCAGUUUUCGUUCCACAUGAGUAAUGCCCAGACUUGGACUAGUGCGGCUUUGACCGACGAGAACACUUGCUCCGAUGGGUUCUCCGGUCGGUACAUGGAUGGACGAAUCAAGAACUCGGUUCGGGCUAGAAUCGUUAACACGGGCCAAGAAACCAGCAACGCCUUGUCCUUGAUUAAUGCCUAUGCUAAAAAGUACUAA